ACUGCUGUUGCUGUGUGAACCUUGGAAAUUGUGAGUGGUGUCGGCUUCAGGCUGUGGUCCAUCCAAAGGCGAUUAUUUUCUCUCUUGUCUGGUGUCCAUCAUACGUUUUGGGUUUUGCUACGUGAAGGGAGAAAAAAAACGAGCCAUAGUUUCUAUUUUCGGGAGUUGAGCGACCUCUCGAAACCGGAUUGUAUACAGCUUCUGCAUAUUUCGAAGGAGACGCCAGUGCCCGCAGAACGAGCAAGAGAGAGAGACAGAGAGCGCUGGUCCUCCACCUUGGCCGACCUUCACACAUCGUUUGGGACUCCCAAGGCCAGCAACCAGCAAAGCCGGCUUUUUCUAGAGGGGAAAAUAAAGAGGACAAGAAACUACAGACUAUUCUACCCAGCCAACCUGCACCGUGAAGCGCAGAGAAUUUCCUUGUUUGGUUGGGAAAAAAAAAAAAAGAUUCAAAAAAGAAAAGAAAAAACAAGUUGGCCUAAAUUCGUGACUAGCAGAAAAGCUUCAUCGUCAACGAAUCCAAACGAGCCAUGCAAGAUGAAGCGCAUCCAGCAGCAGCGACAUCGUCCGCAACCGCCACGACGUCGGGAAAUAUUGUUAAGAAUGGCGUCGGAUUGAACUUGGGCGUGAACAUCUGUUCGUCAGACCAUACGGUUGGGCUUUCAUUGCCCAUCUCGCCACUUUCGGUCAAAGCUGGAGGCUCGGAUUCUUCGUCAUCUUCUUCUUCAUCGUCCUCAUCUUCAUUGUCGCCUCAUUUGCAUCCCAACAUCUACAGCGGAAACCACAGCUUUUCGGGCAAUGGUGGGAAUUCGACGUCGAAUGGGGACGUAGCUGAUCCGGAACUAUCGACACCAGACUCUGGAAGGUCCAGCUUAAGCCACAACGGCAGCAACACAGGAGAGCACGGUGGCCUUGGUGGUCAUACUAGCCUCGUCGGGCGGAUUAAUGAGUUCUUCGCUGCUCUCCAGCCUUAGUCCGUCUCCUUCAGCUGGACUAUGGUCAUCGUCGACGUCUAGCAGUUGUAGCAGUAGUGCCGAAUCGGGCUAUCAUCCUUUAUCUCCGCAUUCGCCUCCAAGUCCGAGCCAACAGCGGCGGCCUAUAACGGGCUCUCAUCAUCUCAGUCCGAGUCUGACGACGACGACGACGACGUCGACACCCCGUUCAGGGCCAAGCUCGCCAUCCAAUUUCCUCCUACCUGGAGUCAUCAACGCCAACAAAUCGCCGGCGUCCUCGACCUUCUCUUCGCCCUGGUCGAGCGGAAGUGGUGGACCACCGAGCCCAACCAAUUGCACUUCUCAUUUGAGUCCGUCUUCGUCUGGACUGUGGAAUCGCGGUCGUUCGGCUCCCAACUUGGCCGGCGGUGUGGCCGGUAGUGGCGGAGGAGGUGGUGGUGUUGGUGUCAGUGGUAGUUGUGGUGGAGUUCCGAACAAUCCGUUCGGUCAUGGACUGAAUUCGGCUUUCGCCCCAUUUUCCCAAUCUGCUGGUUCACCAUGGGCCAGUUUGGGUGUUUCGACUACUCCGGUGAGCCGCAAAGGCCUUAAUAAUCACCAUACGUAUGGCAUGGCUGGUUCGAUGACCAAUCCGACAGCUGCUGCAGCCGGUUAUAUGGCCAAUGGCCAGAACGGCUUCGGUGGAAGUCGGUUUCGUCGCAGCACGUCCUACCCAGGAAAGAACAACGUCUUUGGCUCCACACAGUUCCAUAUGGCUCCGCCUACCUUGGAAGUAACCAACAUCGACGAGAACAGCGACUAUAUGUAUCAGGACCCUCACGGAUCGAUCACGCCGAGUCCGUUGGAUAAUAUGCGUGGACUGGAAUACUACCUGCACGAUAUGAUGCAUAACACAGUCAGUGACGGACAGGACCAACAAUCCAAAGCAGGAAAGUACUAUUCGGCAUUGGAUGGGACGGAUGUGAAUUACGGAGGCGAGGACAACGGCAUGGGACUGACCAUGGGACUUGGAGGAAUGGCUGGAUUGGAUUGCUUCGGGAUGAAUGGUGGUAACUACCUGCCAUCUCUGUCUAUUCAUUCGCAACCGCACUGUCUACCCUCUCCAUCGCGUAUAUCUCCGAGGAGUCCCGUUUCGACCUCUGGAUCUGAAUCUGGAGAGCGCUAUUCGCGAAAAGUCUUUGUUGGUGGUCUCCCCCCCGACAUUGAUGAAGAGGAAAUCAAUGCCAGUUUUCGUCGUUUUGGGUCGUUGGUGGUCGACUGGCCUCACAAAGCUGAAAGUAAAUCUUACUUUCCUCCAAAAGGCUACGCGUUUCUCUUGUUUCAGGAAGAAAACUCUGUUCAGCAGUUGAUUGAAACUUGUAUGCAAGAAGAAGAUAAAUUGUAUCUUUGCGUUUCGUCACCGACAAUCAAGGAUAAGCCAGUACAAAUAAGGCCGUGGAAAUUGUCUGACGCCGACUUCGUUCUAGAUGCUUCUCUGCCGCUAGACCCACGCAAAACAGUCUUUGUUGGCGGAGUACCACGUCCAUUGAAAGCUGUCGAACUCGCUCUAAUUAUGGAUCGACUCUACGGAGGCGUUUGCUAUGCUGGAAUCGACAUAGAUCCCGAACUGAAGUAUCCUAAGGGAGCGGGACGUGUAGCGUUCAGUAAUCAGCAGUCGUAUAUCGCCGCAAUUAGUGCGAGAUUUGUGCAGUUGCAACACGGAGACAUCGACAAACGAGUUGAAGUUAAACCAUACGUUCUGGACGAUCAAUUCUGCGAUGAGUGCCAAGGAAGCCGCUCAGCUGGAAGGUUCGCCCCUUUCUUCUGUGCCAACGUUACAUGUCUUCAGUACUAUUGUGAGCAUUGCUGGGCCAUGGUUCAUUCUCGCCCAGGCAGAGAGUUUCACAAGCCACUCGUCAAGGAAGGAGCCGAUCGACCUCGAACCGUUCACUUUCGUUGGUGAAGCCUCGCAAAAAAUCGAUAGUUGAAAGUCUAUUUCUCCCUACCUCUUUCUCUCCUCUAUCUCCUUUUUUUCUCACCCCCUCUCUCUCUCUUUCUCCCUCUUGCACUCUUUUCUUUCUAAUUUUCUUACAUCUCAACCAUCGGUUACCAAACACUCAGACACUGCGCAGGUGUGGGUGGGGUCUGGUUUGUAGAUGCAAUUCAGCGAAGACUUAUUUUCCUCUCUGAAAUCCAAGCAUUCGUCUUGAGGAAGUAGGACAAUUGGUCGUCAUUUAUUCCCAUCAGCUUCAAUGCCGUUUAUUGUUUUCUCAACCUGGAAAGGGAAAGGUUCUUGGACUAGCUGGGGCUUGCAACAAAUUCCGAUAUCUUAGAUUACUACUUCAUUUCCUCAAGUACUUUCUUUAGUCCAAAAGACUUUCUAAACCAAAGAAUUUGUUUUGGGUUGUAGAAUGAAGUAUUAUUUUUGUUUAGGGUUUUUCUUUUUUUUUUUUUAAAUGUAGAGAAUAAUCAAAUUCUAUUUUUCUCUCCAACUAGUUAUAAAACAGUUUUUCUUCUCUUUUUCAUUUGGCAAUGAAAGAUGUUGCUUUUGCAAAGUUAAAAUUUAGUUUAUUUCUUCAGCUGUUAAUUUUCGUUAGCCUGAGUAGUCGAUAUAAUUUAAUGCAAAAAAAAAAAAAAAAAAACAACAACAACAACAAACAAAAACAAAAAAACAAACAAAAAUUAGUAGGAGGUUAAUUGAUCUUGAAAGUAAUUUUUAUUUUUUUUUUUUCAAAUUUAAUUAACACCUAUUUUUAUCUUCUGGUAGUAGGCCUAAUUUGUUCUUCCUUGUCGCGUAAGAACAUAAACCGUAAUGGGGCGGACUGAAAAAAAAAAAAAAUCAACUGUAUGGUCAGUUUCCUUGUUGGAAUUUUAACUUUCUGUUGAUUGUUUCUUAUUUCCUGAUAAUGUCUUAACCUAGUCAGUUUUAUAUACCAUCUUUUACCCCACAAACCCAAACCAUUUUUUUUUCUAUUUUUUUUCUUUGUUUUUAAAACAAAACCUUGCGUGUUCGUUUUUUUUUUUUUCUUAACCGGUUAAAGCUUUUUAUAUUUAUACAUAUAUUUUUUGAAAAUUUCUCCCUUUCUGUAAUCACAAAGGAGAAAAAAUUGUUUAUGUUAGUGGUAUGUGGUCUAUCGGGAUUGAUAGAAAAUGAAAACCCGAGGGAGUUGACUUUUUUCUGUCACCCCAGAAUGGCCCUUUAAAAAAAUGAGGGGAAGACCCAAAAGCAAAAAGAUGGACUAGUUUUGUAUUUGUGUGAUUGUCAUUUUAGUCGUCCCCUCCCCCGCCCUCCAAUAGCUUUAUUGUUAAAUUGUUUACUACUACUAACCAGUUGUUGAACGGUUAGGUAAAAGGUGGGUGAAAACCAACCCAGGUUGUGGUGUUUGUUUCCUCAUCGUUUUUUUACAUUGCAAUUUCAGGCGGGGUAUGACGUCUUUUUUCUAUGGCCGCAAGUUUCAAUUUAUUUUUCUGUCUCUAUUUUUCUAAUCGUCUUGGAAAUCAACACUAUUCUUCCUCUCGAUUCCCCUGUGCGGGAGUCAACACAUAUACACCUUCUCCAUGAGUUUUCUGGCUUGUCCGUUCUCCAUGUGAUAAUCCUAUUCAACCUGUUUUCAUCCACCCAUCAACCUGGAUAGGUAGUUCAAACUUAGGAACUGGAUCCAUCCUUGUAAUCUAGUUUAAUAUCUAAACCAGGAGUACGGCACUUAAGGAAAAAAGAAACGUUCAAGAAAAAAGAAAAGUUACUCGGUAAUGUUUCUGGGGAGAAAAGAAAAAAGCAAAACAAAGAAGAAGAUCCGAAAAUCCGUGGUUUCCAACCUGCCCCCACCCCCCAUCUUUUGCACCCGCUCUCCUUCGCUUUUGCAAGGAAUUUUGAUACAACAAUUUUUGGUGAAAUCUUUUCAAUCCUGGUGUUUGGCUUGCCUGUUUUAUUUUUAUUAUUUUUGUUUUUCUUUUUGUAAAGACGUUCUUUUUGUAUAAUCGUUUAUGUUUUUUGUAAUUCGUGGAGAUUUUUUCGGGAACUUAGGUCAUCCCGCCUCUUUUUUUCUACCAAAAUUAAAUAAAAAUCUUUCAAAAAGUA